AUCUUAUUUAGGCAAGCGCAAGUUUCGACACCAAUCAGAGGUAAUCUGUUGAAUGUGGAUUGGAUACAGUUAAUUUUUCUAUGGUGAGAGCUGGUCGUCGAAACACAUUACUUUGGUUAAGAAAGCUAUCAACAUUAGGAUUAGAAUCUACUAUAAGUGGUUGUUGAAGUUCAAGUUUGUCUUUUCGUAGAUCCACAACACAUCAUGCUGUUGAAGAUGCACCUACAACUGGUCACUGGACCGAUUGAUCGAGCCCUCGCCGGGAAGGCGCCCUGGCAGAUUGUAGCGAUAACAACUACCACAGUGCUGUCGUUUGUAUGGUUGUGGGAUCUGCUCAGUGAGGAUGAAGGUGUCUACUCACGCCUCCGUCGUAGAUUUUUUCAACUGGCCCGUAAAGUUCCCGCAGUGCAGCGUAGGAUCGAGGCCGAGAUCACCAAAAUUAAUGAAGGCUUCGUAAAGGAUGCCUCCCAAUAUGGCAAAUUUACCACAACACUGCCCGGUAGUGGCCUUAAUCACGGCCAAAUUCUGCAAAAGGUCGACGAUUACCUGUCGCUCGGUCACUACAACUGGAAGGAGGGAUUCAUCUCCGGUGCAGUGUAUUACUACAAUCCGGAACUGGUCAAACUCGUGACCGAAGUUUACGGUAAGGCUUCCUAUACGAAUCCACUACACGCUGACGUUUUUCCCGGUAUCUGCAAAAUGGAAGCCGAGGUUGUUCGAAUGACGGCAACACUCUUCAAUGGUGGUAAGGAUACUUGCGGUACGAUGACCACGGGUGGUACCGAAUCAAUUAUGAUGGCAUGCAAGGCUUACCGAGAUUAUGGUCGAAGUGUUAAAGGUAUCACGAAACCGAACAUGGUGCUGUCUGUUACAGCUCACUCUGCAUUUGAAAAAUCCGCCAAGUAUUUAGGAAUGUACACUAAAACGAUACCGGUUGAUCCCGUGAGCACCAAAGUAGAUGUUAAAAGAAUGGAACGUGCCAUAAACAGGAACACUGUGAUGUUGGUUGGGUCUGCCCCAAACUAUCCAUACGGAACGAUGGACGAUAUUGAAGCAAUUGCCAAGUUGGGCCUUAAAUAUAACAUUCCAGUGCAUGUGGAUGCUUGCUUGGGAGGUUUCCUGAUUAUCUUUAUGAAGCGAGCAGGUUAUCCGUUAGAACCGUUUGAUUUCAGUGUGCGUGGAGUUACCAGCAUAUCGGCUGAUACCCAUAAGUACGGGUUUACCCCAAAAGGAUCCUCUGUGAUCCUGUACUCGGACAAAGUCUACCGACAUCACCAAUAUACCGUUUCGACAGAAUGGCCCGGUGGUGUCUACGGUUCUCCAACAGUUAAUGGAUCUCGUGCCGGAGGCAUAAUCGCAGCAACCUGGGCAACGAUGCUGAACUUCGGACUCGAUGGGUAUGUGGAAACAACCAAGCGGAUUAUUGACACUGCCCGAUACAUUGAGGAUCAACUUCGUAAAAUCGCCCACAUAUACAUCUUUGGAACGCCAGCUACCAGCGUAAUCGCGAUAGGAUCGAAUGAUUUUGAUAUUUUCCGAUUGUCGGCCGAAUUGAAUUCGAUGGGCUGGAACCUGAAUUGUCUACAGUUCCCCUCCGGGAUCCAUAUCUGCGUCACGUUCAUGCAUACUCAAGACGGUAUAGCGGACAAAUUCGUAAACGAUGUCCGGUCAAAGGUUGCCCUUAUCAUGCAGAACCCCGAGAAACCGGUGGAGGGGAAAAUGGCAAUUUACGGAGUGGCCCAAUCGGUACCGGAUAGGGAGAUCGUCGGAGAAUUCACCAAAUGUUUCAUCGAUUCGAUGUACUACACAGUGGAGGAGGCAACGUAAGGUAACGUUUGUGAUACGGAGGGAAAUGUUUGAUUUGUGUGAUGGUUUCAAAGAAAAUAUAUUUAUCAAAUUUCAAUAUAGGUUCGAUUUAAUUUCAAA